ACGCUUAAUAUUAUGAUUACAUGUUCUAUGUAUUUCAGUUAGUAUUAUAUAUCGCAACUUAUGCCGCCUAAUAUACAAGACGAGUCCCGGAAAUGUUAAAAAUAAAUGCAGAUAAACAUUGCGGUUAUAGCUACAUUUCAGACAUGGACUAAGAUGACAAACAUCGAACAUCACUGGAGUGAUCUAUGAUGUUUUUUGCUUUUAGUACCUCGGCACACCGGAGGAUGGAGCUAACGUGGGUGUCUGGGAAACUUGGCUGUUACUGCUGAGCGUAAAAGGGGCGUUUUGGAGCUUUGCAAUGUUUGUCUUGGCGGUUCCAGGUGUGUUCAAACCCGUAGCAGACAAACGCAAGCAGAUGUCACUUGGAUCCCAACUGCUAAAGCCGCCUACCGGUGAUCUCUGCUGUCUAUGUUCAGUCUGCCCACAGGUAGGAGGUAUUUCUCGUUGACGCUCUACAUUUCAGCGACAGACGUUCCACAACCUACCGCCGAGUGAGUAAAAUACCCUCUGUUUACAUUUUGUUCUGAAUACUUGGCACCGGGAGGCGAAACAAACCGUCGAUAUGGUUCCAGAUUAACAAUGGGGAGCCUAAAACCUUGACUGUUCUUUGUAAUAGUCUCGCUGCUAUCAACUCUCCUGUUUUACGCACAAGGAGCGUUUGGAAUUAUUACAACAGAGGCAAGUGAGCGCACACCGGAGCAUAAACCCGUGGGAUGACAGACCUCAGCGGCAGAUUCACGGGUGAAAAUCAGCCUCAUAAAUGUCAGGAAGAUGAAAUCCCCAGCAGGUCGGGAGAAUAACUCAGGAGGGUUUAUUAGGCCACGUCAUUUAGCGCUCAUUUAACAACAACAACAACAACAAACAGGGGCGACUGUAACCAGUUGGAUCGUUAUUAGAAAAGGAGUCACAAUGUCCAGAACACUGAAGAAGAAGAAACACUGGUCUAGUAAAGUGGUGGAGUGUGCGGUGUCAUGGGGGAACCUGGGGGAAUUUGGCUCAGUGGUGGAGGUCCUAGGAGGAGCAGAGCUGGGACAGUUCCCGUACCUGGGUCAGAUGAAGCUGGAUGUGCUGGUGUGUCACGUCGGGAAGCUGCCCUACUACGGGGACGUUUUGCUGGAGGUGAACGGGACGCCUGUCAGUGGACUUACUAACCGUGACACCCUGGCUGUCAUACGCCACUUUCGGGAGCCGAUUCGUUUGAAGACGGUCAAGCCAGGUAAAGUUUUAAACACAGACCUACGCCACUACCUCAGUCUGCAGUUUCAGAAGGGCUCACUGGACCACAAGCUCCAACAGAUCAUACGGGACAACCUCUACCUACGCACCAUUCCCUGCACCACACGGCUUCCUCGAGAGGGAGAGGUGCCGGGUGUGGACUACAACUUCAUCAGUGUUGGAGACUUCAGGAUCCUGGAGGAGAGUGGACUUCUACUUGAGAGUGGGACCUAUGAUGGCAACUUCUAUGGGACCCCGAAACCUCCGGCUGAGCCCAACCUGGUUCAGCCUGACCUGGUGGAUCAAGUGCUGUUUGACGAAGACUAUGGUGGUGAGGUCCCCAGGAAACGUACCACCUCAGUCAGUAUGAUGGACAGGAAGGACAGCACAGUCCCUGAGGAGGAAGACGAUGACGAGAGGCCAGGGCUAGUCAACGGAUUGCCUGAGCACAAAGAGGGUGCAGACUGGAGGAAAACGGUGCCCAGCUACACCCAAUCCAACAACACUAUGGACUUCCGUACAUGGAGCUCUCUUCCCCGUGAUGACAGCCUGGAGCCCCUGCCCCUUAACUGGGAAAUGGCUUACACUGAGACCGGCAUGGUCUACUUCAUAGAUCACAAUACCAAGACGACUACAUGGUUGGACCCUCGUUUGGCAAAGAAGGCGAAGCCCCCUGAGAAGUGUGAGGAUGGAGAGUUACCUUACGGGUGGGAGGAAAUUGAUGAUCCACAGUAUGGCACAUAUUAUGUUGACCACAUCAACCAGAAAACCCAGUUUGAGAACCCAGUCCUGGAGGCAAAGAAGAAGCUGAGCCAGGAGACUGCUGCAAUGCAACAGGCCUCAGCAGCAGCUUCCCAAGGUAAGGGAGGUCCAUAUGGCUUCACUGCAGACCCUGGCCAGCUGAAGGGGGAGAUGUACCAUACGGCACUAAAGAAGAGCUCCCAGGGAUUUGGAUUCACCAUCAUCGGAGGUGACCGCACAGAUGAGUUUCUGCAGGUGAAAAAUGUGCUCAGCGAUGGCCCUGCUGCCCAUGACAACAAAAUGGCAUCUGGUGAUGUGAUUGUUGAGAUUAAUGGGAUGUGUGUGCUGGGAAAGACCCACCCGGAGGUGGUCCAAAUGUUCCAGUCUAUUCCAAUCAACCAGUAUGUGGACAUGGUUCUUUGCCGUGGCUACCCGCUUCCCCCGGAUGUGGAUCUAAAUAGCGACGACCCUCUCCCACCUCCUCCUCCUCCCCCAGCUGCCCAGCCCCAGCAGGCCCUGCAUGGUGGCGAGGUGGUGACAGCUGUGCCCCACAUCAAUGGACAGCCGCUGCUCGUGAAAGGCGACGUCCUCCACAGCUCUUCUCAGGAGCUCCACUAUGUCACUGCGGAUGCCAGCGGCCGGCCUGUCGUGGCAUCCCUGCCCAACGGUAGGCAGGGGGAGCGGGGAGAGGUGGCCGCAGGGAUGCUGCAGCCAGAGUUGGUGAGUGUGCCAUUGGUGAAGGGGCCGGGAGGAUUCGGGUUUGCCAUUGCUGACUGCCCACUGGGCCAGAAAGUGAAGAUGAUCCUGGAUGCCCAGUGGUGUCGUGGUCUGCAGAAAGGUGAUGUCAUUAAGGAGAUCAACAGACAAAAUGUCCAAACGCUGACCCAUGCCCAAGUAGUGGACAUCCUUAAAGACUUACCAGUGGGCAGCGAAGUCAAUGUGCUAGUGCUGCGAGGAGCAGUGCCCAUGAGAGGUGAGGUCGGCGUGCUGAUACUGACAGGAGGUCAGACCUCCCCUGUGAAGAGUCUAAAGCCUAGACAGGAAAUGACAACCAGCUCAGAGACCUUGGAUGGCAUCGCAGACUCGGCUCCCCAGGCCUUACCUUACCACUCCAACACAAGCACCCUGCGUUCCAGUGACUCCCCCAAACAAGACGCCACAGAGCUGUACCUGAAGUCCAAAGCCCUGCUGGAAAGCAGACAGCCUUAUACGAAAGACAUUGAUGUUUUUCUGAAGAGAGACAUUGAAACUGGCUUUGGCUUCCGUGUUCUGGGGGGAGAAGGUCCACAACAGCCAAAUGUCUUUCCCCAGGUGUACAUUGGGGCCAUUGUGCCCAGCGGAGCUGCAGAGAAGGAUGGUCGCCUGAGAGCAGGAGAUGAGCUCAUUGGCAUAGAUGGUGUGAUGGUUAAAGGUCGUUCACACAAGCAGGUGUUGGAUCUGAUGACUAACGCUGCCCGUAACGGUCAAGUUAUGUUGACUGUACGUAGAAAGGUCAUUUAUAGAGAUGUGACAGAGGAGGAGGCUCAGGAAAUGGCUCCAGUCCUGGUGAAUGGGUCUCCUAAGCUACCUUGCCUACCAAUGCCCGGCGCUCUGGACCACGAGUCUUUUGACAUCACACUCCACCGCAAGGACACCGAGGGCUUUGGCUUUGUCAUCCUCACAUCUAAGAGCAAACCCCCAUAUGGAGUUAUACCACACAAAAUUGGCCGAAUCAUUGAAGGCAGUCCCACCGACCGCUGCGGCCUGCUACAUGUCGGUGAUCGUAUCUCAGCAGUCAACGGGCGCUCCAUCAUCGAGCUCUCUCACAGUGACAUUGUUCAGCUUAUCAAGGAUGCAGGCAAUGUUGUCACCCUCACUGUAGUCCCUGAGGAUGAAUACAAGGGCCCUCCAUCUGGAGCAAGUUCAGCUAAACAGAGUCCAGCGCUUCAACACAGAGUCAUGGGGCAAAGUUAUACCCUCGAUCUAGAGGAAAAAAGGGAUGGAAUCAACUGGUCUGACCACAAAACUCUUGCACUCAGUGAACAGGGAACACUGUGUGUGACAGGACCCAACCAGCACCUAGUGCUCUUUGAGCUGGGCUGUUUGACAGUAGAGUUAGAGAGGAGUCCCAGGGGCUUUGGCUUCAGUCUGCGAGGGGGCACAGAGUACAACAUGGGCCUGUACAUCCUGAGACUGGCUGAGGAUGGACCUGCUCAGCUCGAUGGACGAAUCCAUGUUGGAGAUGAGAUAGUGGAGAUUAACGGGGAGCCGGCACGUGGCAUUUCCCAUACACGGGCUAUUGAACUGAUCCAAGCUGGAGGAAACAAAGUGGUACUGCUGCUGAGACCUGGAGCAGGCUUGGGUCAAGAUGGCAGUCAACAUGAAAAACGCAUUUCAUCCCCAAGCUAUUCUGAAGAGGUGUUUCUCUCUGACACAUCACCCCCAUCCUCUUCACAUCCCACCAGAGCAUCCACCUUUGUUUCCUCUCCCUUCUCCAGCAAACUGAAACAUCCCCAAAGCUGGAGCACAAUAUCCCCACAAGGCGUCAAACCCCGCAGCAGCAGGGGUUUAAGCACAGUGGAGGAGAAUGGUGGUUGGACACACAAGGAGGUAGAAAGGCUCUCUCCGGCCUCUCCAGAGCAUAUGACCUUCUACAAGAGGACCAGACCCAGAGAAGACUCCAGAGAGCUGAGCAGCCCAAAGAAAACAGGGGAGUCAUUUCCUAAAGCCAAAGAGCAACAUCACAGUUCCAAAAAGAUGGAGAGUCAGGCGCAGGGAGCAAAACUGAGCGGGAACAGGAUGUAUCAGCCACAGACAAAAACACAAUCAACAAACCCUAGGAAGUCUCCUCAAGCUGGACAGCAAAUGGCUCCAGCCCUGCAGUGUGCACAGCAUCAACAAGACCCUCAAAGGAGAUUAAAGGACUCUUCCAGCAGAGAGAGUUUGGAUCCUAUUAAGAUAAAUGGUAAAGGGAGGGAUCUUGUGGUCAGAAGAAACAUACAAGGCAGGGAGAUGGAAGGGAGAGGCGAAAGGAGCAGGCCUGGCAUUGAGCAAGAAGGUUUUAAAAGGAGAGUGGCAGGAGAGUCUCACCACCACAGAACUCUUCAAACAGUCAGCGAGAGUGUGAAAGGUGCAGGGAAAGACACAGGACAGAGAGAUCCUAAUGACAGUGGCAAACCUACAGAAGACAGGAAUACAAGUAAAGAGGCUCUCAACAAAAGAGAAUCAUUGUUGUUUUUUAAAGAUAUGUGGAGUAGAAAAGGGACUGUAGUUUCACCAAGAGAGGUAAAAGAAAGAAAAGACAAAUGUUCUCACUCCAAAGAAGGCAGUAGUAAAGAAGACUUUGUGGCUUCCAUGAACAGUAUUCCAGGGAACCUGCAGAGCCCAAAGGGAUCUAUUAGCCCAGAGCUUUGGAAAGUGCCCAGCUCAGGCAGAAUCCUCUCCCAGACAGAGGCCCUCCGUGAUCCUAUGUGAUAAAAUAUUAAAUCACCUUGACUUGAGCUGGAAUAUUUAACUCUAUCCUCAGUGGAUUGUUUUUCUGAGUUCUUCCAUAAAACAGAGAAGUGCAACAUGUUGCAACUUUUAUUACCUUGGAACCAUCUAUGUCUUCUGACAAGGUGUUUGGGAGUUCUGUGACAACACUUGUGGUGUGUAGCUGCUCCCCUUUGCCUUGUCCAUUGCUUCAGCGUCUUUGAUGUGGGACUUCAGUAUGUGCUGUAUGCUCGGGGCCUCGCCAGACGAGACGUUGUGAAAUGUGAAUAUGUGCCAAUCCUGGAAGCCUCCUGUGGAAUAAUGACUACUAACAGUGCUUCACCCAUUAAAAUGCAAUGACCCAUAUGCAAAGAAGGGAGAAAGGCCCUUCCCUCUCGCCUGAUUAGCAUCAGUCUCACUGUAGGAUAUUUUGACUUUAUUUUUCUUAAAGGUUUGCUCAACUGCAUGCAGUCGGCCCUUUUGCUCGUUUCAUUGCACGUGUUCUGCACAUCACUGAAGGUGAUUCUCUUUCUUUCUUAUAAUUCUCCUUCUGAAAACCAGGCAGAUUUCAAAUACAGUCCAGCAAGUGUUCACUCCCGGGGUCUCUACACUGUUCUGUGGUUAUAGAUCCAACUCUCCUCCAUACAAACAGUAUCAUUAAAAGACCAGAUACUUGUGGUUUGAGAUCUUGUUUACCAUGUGUAUGAUAACUAACCAGUGUGUAAUUUAUUCAGAUAAUAGAUGAAUAUACUGUACGUAUAUGUAGCUGUACCAAGCCAUUCCACAUUUUGAUAUAGACUUCAAAAAUUGUUAUUUGAGCUUUCACCCUAAUUCCAAUGUACUUAAGUGGUAGGAAUUAAAAUGGAUCUUUUUUGUUCAAGAAAAGCGUAGGUAACGUGCAAACUGCUGUACCAGAUGUUUGCAUUUGCUCAAAAGGCGUCUCAUUGUGAAAUAUAUAUUUGAAUGUAUCAUGUUUUACUGAUUCUCACUUUAAAAUAUCUAUUGAAUUCCAUUGCACUGCAUCUGCCCGUGUAGCAUAACACAAUGACCAUGAGUUGUAUUUAAUUUGUGAUGUUGACUUGCUACUAAUGCAUUGACAUUUUAUUUUAUUUUUAUUAUUUUAUAAAGCAGUUUUUUUUAUGUUUGCUGUUUAAGGCCAAUAUGGCAAUUUAUAUAAUACUGUCCCUGAUGGUUUUAUCUUUGCAUAUUGAGAAAAGAAAAGUGAGGGCUUUAAAUGUAUAUUUGUCAGUCCUUCUGUGUGUUUGUGUGCCAGGGUAGCUUGAAGGAUAAUAGAACUUAGUAAAAUUCCACAUUACACUCUGAGAUAUUGAGCGUGCUGCUGAUGUAAAGUAGGUAUAAAGAGAUUCCACCUUCUAACAUAUUUAAAGCUACAUUAUAUAACUUUUUUCUGAUAUUUUUGUUGUAGAAAUAUGUUUCGAAACUAGUCCUAAUGUGGAGAGGUGCUGUCGAAGCGUCCCGUGACCCAGCCUCAUUG